AUGACCGACACUGCAGUCUGGACAAAAAAACUCGUUGAGCCCAAGUUUCAAUUCGCCUGGGUAGAUGUUCUCACACUUUUGAGGGCCAAAUUCAAUUUCCGCUUCUGCGGUACCUUGGAAGAUGCCCAGAGGUUCAUCUCAGUGGGCGGGAAGGGAGACGCAAUUUCGGUGAUGGGCGGUUUCCCAUUUGUUGUCAAAGAAGCACUUCCACACGCUCCUGACGCUUUCGCAGGAAUGGGGGAUGGUAAGAUCGAGAAUGUCGAGAUACGGAUCCCAUUAUUCGCCUAUGCAAAAGAAAAGGACGAAACUACAAUGGGGGUCCUUUGGGAAACGUUCGAAACUCACCUGAACCGCGUCGUUGGUGGUCCACAGAAUCAAAUCUCGGUUUGUCAAGCUUUGUACAAGGCCUUCGCCACCGCCAUCCAGAAUUGUUUGAUUGUCGGCGGAGUCAGACAGGAUGAGGCCAAUAUCAUAAUGGUCAAGGGACCCAACUUCGUCCUCAGCACAGAUCGUGAGGCGUACGGCACUCUCGGCAAGUGUGGAGGAGCCGACAUUUUGGGGUUUUUUGACCGCUGGUCUCGCAUCUACCAUGCUGAAAAUGGCGACGUUGACGACGUAGCGUCUAUGAUCGGAGCGAUCGUGAAGAUGGCUGACGAGAUCAUAAGAGCAAUGGAUCGCCGGCAGCUUGCCUCUCGUUCUGCUGAGCCUUCGGGUUCAAGCUCUGGUCAACCUGUUACCGCUACAGCACCAGCUCCUGGUCAUCCCACGACUACAACUACGACGCAAGUCAAUGAAAAGGGAAGGCAUGCGGACUCCGAUGACGAGGAAAGUUUGCUCUAG